CCGCCCCGCCCCGGGUCGCGCUGUGCCCGCCCUCCAGCCGAGCGGCGGCUCCUGAGGCGGCGGCGGUGGUGGUCGCGGUCCCUGCCCAGCCGCUGCCGCCCGCUGUGGUCCCUGGUCAGCGCGGCGGCCACCCAGCCCCUCGGGCCGGCGGGCGAUGGUGCGGCGGGGCGCGCGGACGCGGGCAUGACGGAGGAUGGAAGCACAGGACGAGGUGUCGGCGCGGGAGCAGCACUUCCACAGCCAAGUGCGGGAGUCCACGAUAUGUUUCCUUCUCUUUGCCAUUCUUUACAUCGUUUCCUAUUUCAUCAUCACAAGAUACAAGAGGAAAUCAGAUGAACAAGAAGAUGAAGAUGCCAUAGUCAACAGGAUUUCGUUGUUUCUGUGCACGUUCACACUCGCAGUGUCCGCUGGGGCUGUGCUGCUCUUACCCUUCUCCAUCAUCAGCAACGAAAUCCUACUUUCCUUUCCUCACAACUACUAUAUUCAGUGGCUCAAUGGCUCCCUGAUCCAUGGUCUGUGGAACCUCGCUUCUCUCUUCUCCAACCUCUGUUUGUUUGUCCUGAUGCCCUUUGCCUUCUUCUUCCUGGAAUCGGAAGGUUUUGCCGGCCUGAAAAAGGGACUCCGAGCCCGAAUCUUGGAGACGCUGGUCAUGCUCCUGCUCCUGGCGCUGCUGGUCCUGGGGAUGGUGUGGGUGGCCUCCGCGCUCCUGGACAAGGAUGCGGCGAGCAGGGAGUCUCUGUACGAUCUCUGGGAGUUCUACCUGCCCUAUUUGUACUCUUGUGUAUCACUCAUGGGAUGUUUGCUGCUUCUCUUGUGCACCCCGGUUGGCCUGUCUCGCAUGUUCGCCGUCAUGGGCCAGCUGCUGGUGAAGCCAGCGAUUCUGGAGGACCUGGACGAGCAGAUGUACAUUGUUGCCCUCGAGGAGGAGGCGCUGCAGAGACGGCUCGCCGGACUGUCUUCACCAGUGGACUACAGUGUAGUGGAGCUGGAACAAGAACUUGAAAAUGUAAAGAUUUUUAAGAAAAAAUUAGAGAGGCGGAAGAAGGCGUCGGCUUGGGAAAGAAAUUUGGUGUAUCCUGCGGUCAUGGUUCUCCUUCUCAUUGAGACGUCCAUCUCGGUCCUCCUGGUGGCUUGUAAUAUCCUUUGCCUGUUGGUUGAUGAAACAGCAAUGCCAAAGGGAACGAGGGGGCCUGGGAUAGGAAAUGCCUCGCUCUCAGCUUUUGGUUUUGUGGGAGCGGCACUUGAAAUCAUUUUGAUUUUCUAUCUGAUGGUGUCCUCUGUCGUCGGUUUCUAUAGCCUCCGCUUUUUUGGAGACUUUAUUCCCAAAAAGGAUGACACGACCAUGACAAAGAUCAUUGGGAACUGCGUGUCGCUGCUGGUCCUGAGCUCCGCUCUGCCUGUGAUGUCCAGAACCCUGGGAAUCACUAGAUUCGAUCUUCUGGGAGACUUCGGAAGGUUUAACUGGCUGGGAAAUUUCUAUAUUGUGUUAUCCUACAAUUUGCUUUUCGCUGUGGUGACAACACUGUGUCUGGUCAGAAAAUUCACCUCUGCGGUCCGGGAAGAGCUCCUCAAGGCCCUAGGACUCCAUAAGCUGCACUUAUCCAGGGCGCCCCGGGAGUCGGACACCGCCAAGCCGUCUGCCAAUGGGCACCAGAAAGCCCUGUGAGGCCGCUCCGCUCUCAGCGCAGAUGCGGGAGGACUCGGACAUUGCUGGUCCCAGGCGUGGUGGCCCACUCACUUUCUGAUUGUCCUCUGGGAACCUGCGGGGCGUGGGUUCCAGCCCCACACCCACGUCUGCUCUGUCGGGACGGCCACCAGAAGGCAGCCGGGAAGCUAGGGCUUCUGAGGACUCGCUCCAGCCCAGGACCUGCACACGUGGAGGCUGCUGGCGGCACCUGUUGCUGGGACAGGAGGUGACCAAGGGCGUGGGGCGAGGCCAAGGGCGUGCACAAGCUGCGGGAAUGUCUGUGCCUGGACGUGGGAGCUGGCGUGGCGCCUGAUAUUUUCCACGUCCUUGAUGCAGGAACAAAGCACAGUUCAGAUUUAGUUACAGAUGUGAGUCCAGGGGACACAGGGAACUCUUACCCCCAUGCUUGGGCAGCCCUGCGUCACCAAGGUGGGAGGGAGGGGCCAGCCGGUUCCAAGUUCAUGGCCGGUCAGUGUCACCUCUGCUGGCACAGCUGCCAGUGUGAGACCCUGGGACCAGCGCCCGCCUUACAGGCUGUAUGACACCAUUUUUUAAGCCCUUUUUUCUAAACUCCCGUAACUCCUCAUGCUCCUCCGUCCAUCCUAAACUAAGCCCUCUGGGUAGAAGCCCCUUUCUUUUGCCGCUGCUUCAGGCUUCGCUACUUUUGCCAUUUAAACCUCAGACCCGGAAAAGCAACCAGUUUAGCACCAAACGCAUAGCAUUUGGUUCUGGCAUAAGAAGAGUUUGGCCGACUAUCGUGAUCUGCUAGCCACUCAGUUGUUAAGCUGUAAAUAAUUCUCGGGGUCGUGUCGUGGCCCCACGUCCACUGAAUAAAGUUGUCCCCCAGGAGACCGAGUUCUGUCGGUCGAGCGUGCAGGAUCCGAGGGCCCCCGCAUAGCCCCACACCCGGUCUCUACAUACACACGUAUGUUCACAUGUCUGUAAAUACGUACAUAUAUUCAUGUGCACUGUGUGUGUGCAAUGAACCAUCUAUGCAGGCAACAGUAAAAUAACUUUUUUCUCAAAUUGUUGCAUUUAAAGCUUUUUUGGGGGCGGGGAGCAAUUAUGAAAACCAGGCUGUGUAUAUUGGACAUCAAAACAUUUCCACUUAGAGUCAGAAUAUUAAGAAAAAUGAAUGGUUAUGUUUGUAAGCUCCACUGACUGCCUGUCCUCCGUGUACACCCACACUUCCUUCGGAGCCACGUGGAAAUGCAGGCCGCUUAAAAGAUAGCUGAGGAUUGCGAACAGCACUCGGUAAGCCUCGUGCUCGCGCUGGUGACGGCCAGCAUGGGAUGCGCCCGAGGAGGCGCACGCAGGCGUGCUUUCUUGUUCCUGCACCUGCCCGUGUGGGCAUCAGCUGCCAGCUGUGGCUUUCUCGGGAACUCUGGGAGUCGCCCUGGGACAGACGGCCACGGGAGCAGACACGCUUCUUUCAGUAGAGUGGCGCUGCCCAGUCAGCCCAGUUCAGGCACGUCCCGGGAAGAGUUCUGGGCACGAGCGCGACGUCCGGCAGCGUCUGGGGCACACAGUCACCUUUUCUGUGUUUGUGGCAGGUCUGUUCACUGACCGCUUCUCUGAGGACUGAGCCACCUGGCCGGGCCUCCCGGGGAGGCCUGCUCACAGGGCCAGGCCUGCAGGCACCUGUCAGUGAGGGCUGGUGAAGGCCAGCAGCCCCCCCUAAAGUGGCGCUGCCCCUUGGACCACAGGCCUCCCCCUCCCCCUCCCCCUCCCGCGUCUUUUCUGAUGGCGUUAGGCCUGGGGGUACAGGUUUCUUGAGGAGACUCAGCUAACUCCUGUCAUUAAUUGGCUCUGCAUAUUUAAAUAAAAUAUUUUAAAAUUAUAAAAUUUACAGAUGAUAACUUUUGUAAUGAUUUUCCAACCUAUUUCUUAGAUUUAAUGUUUUCUUAGCUUUAUGAACAUUCUCUCUAAGCUAGAUCUGUUCUAAGUAAACACAAACACAUUCACAUUCAUGCUCAGUGCACAGUGGGUGGUGGGUGGGAGGGAACUUUCCCGUGGUCCUGACUCCCAGGUGCUUUAAAGGUGUGCGCACACCUGGUCUUUGGGGCACCCGCACCUGCCUGACUUUGCUGGACCACAGUGGUCCCCCAUGGCCUCGGUCACCCUGAAUCUGUCCACAGCACAGGUUGGAAGCCUUGUUGCUUUCUGGUCGUUUGCAUAGUAUUUAAUGAAUAAAGACAAUUCUUACAGUAAUUUAAAGAAAUAUAUGGGCGUAUAUACAGUACUGACUUUUUAAACUUUAAAAAAUCUUUUUAAACUUUAAAAAAUCUGGUCUGAUGUUACUUUAAAAAUAAUGUUUGGAGGCACUGGUAAAUUUGUUUACAGGGCAUUGUUUUUUUGUUUUGUUUGUUUUUUACAAAUUGUUACUCCUGUUUCUAUGAGAUAUUGUCAGUGUGACCAUUUAAAUGUCUUAGAAAUUAAAGUUUUACAAAAAUGA